AUCGGCAACGAGCGAAAGGCCGAGAGGGGGGAAAACAGAACUAGACGGUCGUUGUCAAGUGCCCCGUAAAAUGCGGGGGUGGAUGACUGGACUAGAUGACUGGACUUGAAAAAAAGACAGCCAGCCAGCCAGUCAGCGCAUUAAUCAAAUACCUUGAAACUCGCGCAAACCUAAAGAAAAUUUGAAGGAAAACAUUACACGACGCUCGAUUGACCAGACGUCAAAAGGACGCCGUUGCUUCUCGCGUGUUUUUCUCAUACACGCACACCUAAAAUAUCAAUUCAACAGACUUGAUCGCGUUCUGUCAUCUCGUAGUAUCGAAUGCCGAUUGAUUGUUAGAACAGCAUAUCGCUAACGUGACAAUUGAUUUAUUAAACUUUGCUUGGUAUGAUACAGGCUAAUUUUCAUAAUUCAUAUUACCUAUGAUUUAUCGUCGAGCACUAAAUUGGGCUGGACAAUUCAGGUCUCUUAACGCUAUCAAGAUUGAAGGGGGGAGGGGGGGGGGCACUGGCAUGCCGUUUGUGCAAGUGGUGAUGACGUCACUGUGUAUAGUGAAUGCUUGUGUGAUGGUCAAGCGGUACGAUGAGUGAUGCAUGUGACGUAGUUCUCUGUUAUUUUUCGGUUCCGUGACGAUGCGCGAAAAGAAGGGAGGCGCCUUAAGCAGAGUCCAAAAGCUCAAGAAACGCCUUAGCCAUAGUUUUGGCAGACUUUCAAUAUCUAAGGAAGAAGCGGAUGAUGUUGCCACAAGGGAACACCAGUUACCGUAUAACGGGUAUUCAGAAGAAUUUCUCGAUCGUUUAGAGCCAAAUGGCAACAUACCUACUGACAAAGAUCGACGAUAUGAGUGGUCAGGUGUCGGUGAGCACGAGAGAGUGCAUCGGCAGCUCUCUGUUUCUAGUGAUUCUAAGCUCCUCGAUGUAGAUAUAAGGGAAGAGGCAAGAGUGGUUCUACGGAAUCGACGUCCUCCUCGUCCAAAAUCUGAGGUUUUCCUAGGGCCAGACCCACCCCCGAGACGAGCAAAACGUUUCUCCGCGUUCGGGGGAGAUUCGCCGUUUGGUAAAUCAGAUGCCUACAUCAAACUAGAGCAGCUUGGAGAGGGUUCUUAUGCUACAGUAUUCAAAGGGUACAGUAAUCUGACAAACCAGGUUGUCGCUCUUAAAGAAAUUAGACUACAGGAAGAGGAAGGUGCACCUUUCACUGCCAUUCGUGAGGCCAGCCUUUUAAAGGAGCUCAAACACAGCAAUAUAGUUACACUCCAUGAUAUUGUUCACACCCGUGAAACUCUUACUUUUGUAUUCGAAUUCGUUCACACCGACUUGUCACAGUACAUGGAGAGGCACGGCAGCGGAGGAGGGGGCCUUGAUCCUCGAAACGUUCGAUUAUUCCUAUUUCAACUACUCAGAGGACUAGCUUACUGUCAUCGCAGGAGAGUACUGCACCGCGAUGUGAAACCCCAAAACCUGUUAAUAAGUGAAAUAGGCGAAUUGAAACUGGCGGACUUUGGUCUGGCUCGGGCAAAGUCAGUACCGUCGCAUACCUAUUCACAUGAGGUAGUGACGCUGUGGUACAGGCCGCCAGAUGUGCUGCUUGGUUCGACGGAGUACUCGACUUCGUUGGACAUGUGGGGUGUUGGAUGCAUAUUUGUAGAAAUGUUGACGGGACUGCCGACUUUCCCAGGUGUCCGAGAUACUUAUGAUCAGCUCGAUAAGAUAUUCAGAGUUCUUGGAACACCGACCGAAGAUAGCUGGCCAGGCGUCACACAUCUCCGUGGAUACCAAGCCCACAAACUAGCAUUUUAUCCAUUGCAAAAAUUGGGACUUUCCUUUCCCAGGCUGUACGAUGUUCCUGAGGGCGAUAAUAUGGCCUCUGCACUUUUACAGCUAAAUCCUGAUGAUCGGAUAGGCGCUGAUGACGCUCUUAGGCAUCCUUAUUUUGCGACACUUCCGCCAAAACUUUACGAGUUACCAGACGAAGUGUCCAUAUUUAGUGUCGAGGGCUGCCAUUUAUUCACGGAAUCGCGGCACUCUGCUCUGAAGACUUGAGACUAGCGUAAUUGUUGAGUUGUAACAGAGAAAAAUAUACGAAGAAAUUAGGAGAAGUAAUGGCCGAUCUACAAGUUCAGAAAUACAGGCACAGGCGCGUUGCCCGCUCUCUCUAUCUCUCUCUCUUUCUCUCUCUCUAUCUAUCUCUUUCUCUCUCUCUCUCCGCCUCUUUUAGGGCCACUCGACUUCCAACAUACCACGAAACGAUGAUGGUUUUUUUCUGAGGACAACUAUUGUAAUAAAAUGAUGAUUGAAUCGAUGAAAAAAAUCAGUCUGAAAAAUACGUAUAUA